AUGCCGCAGAGAGAUUUGGUGUCGUGGAGCACCAUUACUGCUGCUUACGCACAUCUUGGAAGAUUAGUUGACGCAAAGAAAAUAUUCGAUUUAACGCCGCAACAGUGUGUUUUAUCGUGGAAUACAAUAGUCGCAGCAUUUUCCUCAAAUGGGCAUUUGGAUUAUGCAAGAUUUAUGUUUGACCGGAUGCCACAUCGCAAUGUAAUCUCUUGGAACGCAAUCUUGGGUGCGUAUGCUAGCGCUGGAUUUGUAGAGAUGACUGAUAAUAUCUUCCAGUCCAUGGACGAGAGAGAUUCCGUGUCAUGGAACUCUCUGAUAUCCGGAUAUUCUCACCGGGGUCACGGUUGUAUGGCCAGAGAAACGUUUCGUGCGAUGGUUUUGAAUGGUUUCUCUCCGGACAGUGUGACGCUUCUCGCAAUCCUCUCAGCUUGCAGCGUCGAUGGAAGGCUUCAGGACUCUUGGAACUGCUACACAUAUGCAACGCAGGACUUUGGCAUCGUUCAGACUGGCGAACACUUGUUUUGCGUGGUGGAUCUCAUGGGAAAAUGCGGCCUCUUGAGUAUGGUGGAAGAAACUACUGAUUUUCUGGUUUCUUCGUCAUCGACUGUGAAUCCUAUUCCAUGGACUGUCAUGUUGGGCGCAUCCAAAAUGCACGACGAUGCGAGGCGUGGGAGAAUGGCCGUGGAGAAGCUCAUGGAGCUGGAGCCGGAAAACUUCUCCUCUUAUGGCGUGAACGAGAAAACAACUGUUAAGCAUGGGAGAGCAAGGAGAAGCACGAGAAGGCUCGAUGCUGGAAGCUUGUUUGCCUUGCUCACAGGCGAGGAGGAAAAUCAAGAGCUCUACAGCCCAAGCGACUUGAUCAUCAGAACAGCUCCCAAUGCCAAAUCUUUCUCCAGGGGCAGAGCUGGAGCUAGAGCACGGGGUGGAAGGCCCAUUCAGCUUGUUUCAUUUGGGAUUUGCCCUUUGGGCCCAAAUGCAAUCUGGAGAAAUUCUCCAAUUCUCACAGGGGUUGGAUAUGGUGGCCUUGUUUUGAAUGGUCCAGGACUUGCAUCCUAUACCUUAUGCUUCCCAGCUCCACAGGUUUUUAAGACACUUGUUCCUCUUGAAGGUGGAGCAGUGGGAGUUCCACCAGCUGGUGCACUUGUGAACUACGAGUUAGAUCUUUAUUAUAUCCAACAGGCUUUUUCAUGCCUUUUUGAACCCAUGUAUUGA